GUGAUUUGUAGUUAGCUAGUCUGGACUUAAAAUUGGCAGUAGAGCCAACACCUUGCAAACCACAAAGCACACACUCAGCAAGGAGUUAUUAGCACCAUCUAACCCAUAUAAGCCUAAUAAACUGGAAGGUGAAGGCUGCUACAAAUGUGAUGCCAAGCGCUGUGAUAGUUGUAAGAACUUUUUGAUUUUUGGCAAUUCCUUUCGUGCAGCUGCCACUGGAAGGAUAUUUCUUAUUUUAAAAUCUUUGACGUGCACUUCCAGUAAUGUAGUGUAUCUUGCUGAGCCCGACAUCAGCCUGCCAGAGCCAAUUUAUGUUCAUUAAGGUAGUAUAAAUUCUGCAUGAAUAUCUUUUAUUUUCAGGAACAUCAACGCUGAUGGCCAAUCUUCAAAAUGCACCAUAUGUUGUUCUCUUGGGUGAUGUUGGUACUGGCAAGUCGACCCUAUUGGAGAAGAUGACAGGAGAAACUGGCAGGAGUUCUGAUUCAUUCACGAGUUACACGAGAUCAUCAGAGGUUUUCUGGGUUCCUGACGGCAGCCUAAUCGUGGCUGAUACACCAGGAAGCAACGCACUGAAAGAGAAGCUUGAUCACAAUAUUGAGAUAGCAACCGCACUUAAUUUCAUGCAUGUCUCAAGAAUCUUUAUUGUAGUCAAAGCCGAAGCUCGUAUCGACUCUGUUAUCAGUAACGUUCGCACGUAUGCUGAUUGCUUUGUGGAGCUUCCUAUGGACGUGGUGGCGGUUCUUGUCACUCACAUGGAUACCCCUGGGCUUAAAUGGAUGGAGAAGGAUUUCACGCCAGAAAUAAAUGAGGAACUUGGAAUCGAUACAGUUAUCUUCAGCUCGAUAGACACAGCCGGUGAGACAUUGGUGUGCGACAUACUCAAGACCUGUACCGAGAAAUAUGAUCUCACAGUUGACAAUGAAAACCUUUUCAAGCUCUUCAAAAUCCACAACAACCACCGUAAGAUUCUGAAGUCUACCAGUGAUGAAGUGAAGAACUUUAAAGCGAAAAAGCAAGCUUUUGACGAGGCUAGAAAGGCGUUCAGUGGUAAGAAUCUGAAAUAUCUUCCCUAUACUAAUUAAUUGAUCAGUUAUUUUGUUUUUUAAUGGUUUUCUACAAAACACCAAGUUUAUUAUUUAUUUGGCAAAGCUUUCGUUGCCUUGGUAGCCUAAGUAUAUUAUAUCAAUCCUUGUUUUCCCUUCCUGGAAUGCGGCUAGAUGGAGGGAAAGAGGGCCUGACACAAAUCCCUGCCUGGCGCAAGUAUAGAAAAGCCAAAGAAAAGGAAAUUUUAAUUUGUCUUUUUGAUUGUUUAAUACUAAUUAUCAUUAUACUAUUGUUCAUGAUAUAGCUAUGUUAGUAGCCUCAACUAUAAUAUAUUAUAGCUAUAAAUUGACAUUUCCUCUGGGACAUUUUGAUUAGCUACUAAAUAUAAACUCUUGGGGGCGGAUAUAGCAAUCAGAUUAAGAUUUGUGUCAGACUCUAUUUAAUAAAAUAUAGAGCCUGUACUCAGGCUAUUCCUUUAAUUGAAGUCAAGGAAUUUUUAUAUCAGUUCUAAUACGCAACUGCACAGAACACGGAUUUAACAAUCACUGGCAAUCAUUGACAGUAUAUGAAUUUUAAUAUUAACCGAUAAUAUAAGUAAUUGUAUACAAAAAUAUGCAUAUAUGGUUCUGCUUAUCUCAAAAAGUUGCCACUACAGCCUUCUUCAUUCAAGAGGAAUUCGUUCACGUGGCCCUGAUUUAAUUCGUUUAAUUAGUAUAUAUAUAUAUAUAUAUAUAUAUAUAUAUAUAUAUAUAUAUAUAUAUAUAUAUAUAUAUAUAUAUAUAUAUAUAUAUAUAUAUAUAUAUAUAUAUAUAUAUAUAUAUAUAUAUAUAAACAGUUUUGUUUUUCGUUAUAGAUAACAGAGUGCUCAAUACUACAAAUUAUUUAGCAGAGCGAAUUAAUUUGUUAUCUUAAAAUGUUUCAAUUUCUCGCGAGUGGCAUGAAACUUAAAGUAGCGAGAAAUUGAAACAUUUUAAGAUAACAAAUUAUUAUAUAUAUAUAUAUAUAUAUAUAUAUAUAUAUAUAUAUAUAUAUAUAUAUAUAUAUAUAUAUAUAUAUAUAUAUAUAUAUAUUAAAUUAUAAUUUUUACAAAAUUAUACAGUGUUCUCCGGAUUGUAAUUAUUUGUUUUGAGCUUUCGACUCGGUAUUUCGAGCCUUCAUCAGAAAGAUUGAUCAUUUGAAUUUUCGCGCUGUUGUUGACGCUGUUGAAGUCUGUGGGAACGUCUGAUUGGUUGAUGGAUUUCAGUAUGGUGGUUGCCAUUGGUUACUAUCGAAUGCGGGUGAUUAUUGUUAUCAUGAGACGGUGUAGGGAAGGAAGUUGAGGGGGAUGAAGAUGAAUUAGGAGAUUUGUGAGAGCGUUUCAGUUGUAAGUAAAUUGUAGGGAUGUCAAUGUGACGGUUAAAUGUUUGUUUGUCUAAACUAUGCCACGCUUCUUUAAACUCACGGGCAUGUUUAGUAGUUGCUUGUCCUAGGCAUCUCGUUUGAGACCAGUCGAAUUUAUGUCCGUUGUCGUCUGCAUGUGUGUUUAGCUGGAAGUGAGCUAUGGUCGUGUCUGUUGAUUGCGUUCUGGUGUUCUGUAGGUCUUGUCUGAAUCUUUUUAGAUGUUUGUCCAAUGUACUUAUCCGGACAUAUUAUCCGUUAUAUGUGUCUUGUCUUUGUGUUUAGUGAAGUUGGACCUAAGUUUGCAUGUUGGUUUGUGUGCAACGUCAAUGUUGAAAGGACGGAGGAGUCUAGCUGCCAUUUCUGAUGUAGUGUGUGUGUAAGGAAGUGUAAUUCUCGUUUUUGUUUGGUUAAGUCGGUCCGUGUUAGUUUGUUGUUUAUGUUGUAGCACCUUAUUAAUGAAGUCUAAAGGGUAGUCAUUUUUGUAAAAAGUAGAGUAUAAAUACUUGCGUUCGUCUUGUUUGGAUUGAUCAGUGUUACAAUGUGUGUCAAUUCGGUUGAAAAGAGUCUUUAUGCAACUGACUUUGUGUUGUGUUGGGUGAUUGCUAUUGUAAUUUAAAAUUUGAUCAGUGUGUGUUUUCUUGCGAUAAACUUGUGUGGUUAAAGUGCCGUUGUCUGUUUUUGUUAUUCGGACGUCCAAAAAUGCGAGUUUGUUGUCAUGUUCUUCUUCUUUGGUAAAUUUGAUGUUCUUAUAGUGGUGUUGUUAAUUGUUAGUAGGAUGUCGUCUGUUUUGUCCUUUUUGACAGUGGCAAGUACAUCGUCUACAUACCUGUCCCAUGUUUUAAUGUCGUCAUUGUUUGAACAGCUUUACUUUCCAGAUCUUGCAUCACUGCCUCAGCAAGGAAACUGGAAAGUGGUGACCCCAUAGGAGUGCCGGAGAUUUGUCGGUAGUAAUUGUUCUGGAAGCAGAAUUCAGUUGAAAGGCAUAAGUCAAGUAAAUCAAGAAUGUCUUGUAUAUUAAGUUGUGUCUUUGUUUGCCACGACGUAUUGUUAGUAAGUAGUUUUUCAGUUAUUAGUCGUGCAGUGUCAAGUGGGAUAGAAGUGAACAAAGAGACAACAUCAAAGAAAAUCGUGAUUUCAUCAGGUUCAACGUGGAUGUCUUUUAUUUUCGACAGAAAGGCGUCAACAUUCUUAACAGAGUGUGGUGAUGUACUCACCAGAGGUUUGAGGAUAUCAGCGAGGUAUUUUGACAAGUUGUAGGUGGGGGAUCCAGGUAGAGAAACAAUUGGUCGGAGAGGAUUAUUAUCUUUAUGAAUUUUUGGAAGUCCGUAGAAUUUAGCGAUUGUUGCGUCUUUGGGUCUGAUUUGAUCAGAACACCAGAACGCAAUCAACAGACACGACCAUAGCUCACUUCCAGCUAAACACACAGACGACAACGGACAUAAAUUCGACUGGUCUCAAACGAGAUGCCUAGGACAAGCAACUACUAAACAUGCCCGUGAGUUUAAAGAAGCGUGGCAUAGUUUAGACAAACAAACAUUUAACCGUCACAUUGACAUCCCUACAAUUUACUUACAACUGAAACGCUCUCACAAAUCUCCUAAUUCAUCUUCAUUAACCUUUAACCCACCCUCAACUUCCUUCCCUACACCGUCUCAUGAUAACAAUAAUCACCCGCAUUCGAUAGUAACCAAUGGCAACCAACACACUGAAAUCCAUCAACCAAUCAGACGUUCCCACAGACUUCUACAGCGUCAACAACAGCGCGAAAAUUCAAAUGAUCAAUCUUUCUGAUGCAGGCUCGAAGUACCGAGUCGAAAGCUCAAAACAAAUAAUUACAAUCUGGAGAACACUGUAUAAUUUUGUAAAAAUUAUAAUUUAAUAAAAUGCCUGGAUUACAAAUCUUCAAAUCUAUUAAAUAUAUAUAUAUAUAUAUAUAUAUAUAUAUAUAUAUAUAUAUAUAUAUAUAUAUAUAUAUAUAUAUAUAUAUAUAUAUAUAUAUAUAUAUAUAUAUAUAUAUAUAUAUAUAUAUAUAUAUACAGGGUCGGAGUUGUUCUCAGCAGUGUCAAAAUUAUUAUGAAAUUUCUAUUAAUCUUUAAUAGGAAAGGAUUUGGUUGACCUUGUUUUCGAGUUCCAGGCUUACAUGACCGAAGAAAUUGUUGAAGCCCAGAAAAGAAUGUCUGAUGUAAACAACUUCACUUUUGAUGGAGAUGGUGCAGCAAAUGAAGCUGGUCAUGUUGCCAACAUGGUGAAUCAACUUCGCGUGGUGCUUUACGAUAUCAGAACAGAAUGCACUGGAUUCCAGAAUGAGCAUGGUGUUUCUGAAUUGCGAAAGUGUCCACACUGCGGUUUGAUUUGGACCAGAGUUGAAGGUUGUGAUGGAAGUACAGAAUGUGGAAGACAGCCCAGCUCUGUCAACGACAUCAGGGACUCCUCGUUUGCAGUCCUAGCAACGUUCGCAUUCAGUUGGGUUGGUAACAAGCUUAAUAUCGCCAAGAGCGGCGAUAAAAGUGUGAAAUCCGAGAAGAGUACAAAGCCCAAUAAAGGAUGUGGCAAGUCGAUCACAUGGAGAGAAAUGCCGCCAGUUGAUAUUCCGCCCGAAUUCAGGGAAACUGUGAAGGUUUGUACAAGCGAUAUCAAGAUGCUACCAACUGCUGCUGAAGGUUUCAAAGAAAAGCUUACUAACAAAUUAGAUGCUUCUAAAAAGAAAAUGAAGCUAUCAGGAAGGCCAAGUCCGGUUUAAGAUGAUAUAUACAUCUGUCAGACACAUUUCAUCAUAUUGUUAAACCUUGAAUGCUUGAUUGAACAUGCAUGCAUGCAGUAUAAUGAAUGAACUUAAAAAAUCAGAAUAAGACAAAUAAUAAACAUAUUUUAGGUAGACAUAAAUAGACAUUUUUAGGUGGUUUCUUAUACCUUGAUAUUAAAACUGUUUAGGACUGAUUUGUGAAAUGUCAUUUGCACACGUAAAAAUCUACAAUUUGUUACAAACCUGCGCAGCACACUUGUACUAAUGCUAUUCCAACAAGUUGUCAGCGGUUGUUAAAAACUUGCUACAGGGUUGUUUAAUUCAACAGACCCGUCACAAGUUGUUUUAACAGACCCGUCACAAGUUGUUUUUAACAACUUGUGUAUAAAAUGUAAUUCCGCUCGAAGUUUAAUGAACUCUCCAUUGACAUGCUGCU